AUGUCAUCGAAACAGCACAGUUCAGUCUUCAUUGAUCGAUCAACGACACAAUCCUAUUCUGAUGCAAAUCAUGGUCGUGGAAACAUCCAUCAAUCUCAUUAUCGAAACCGAUCAAAUCAAAAUUUUCAUCAACGGAAUAAUAACUUCAAUAAUCGUCGUCAAUAUCAGUAUCAUAAUCGGCAAACAAAUGGCUCUUAUAAUCAUAAUAAACAACCGUCAUUACAACAGUCAAUGGAUUGUACUAGUUAUGAUAAUUAUGAUUAUCUUAAUAGAAAUCAAGUAUUAAAAUGGUUUACUGGUAAAUCAAUCAGUGCAAAGUUUAUGAUACAAGAUUAUGUAACAUAUGCUUAUGUUACAGUAUUAACUUCAAUUUAUGAUAAAUGGAUUCGAGAUGACUGUAAAUUAAAACUUUGGAAAGCAUAUUUAAAAUUAGAUGAAGAAUAUGAUUAUUGGGCAGCAGAAGUUCUUCAAUCUACCCAAGAACUUGAUAAUGAUACAAAUAUUGAAUUUAUACAUGAGAAAAUACGUGAAUUAAAUGAUAAUAUUAGUUUUAUAAUCGAUGAUUACAGGGAAUGUGGUAGAAUAUUCGAACAUUAUAGAAAAAAUAAUUCUAGUGAACAAAUAGCCAAACAUUUAUUUGAAUUAUCUGGAAUAAUAAGUACAACAGGAGCAGCAUUCCCAGAGAACAACGUUCAUGAUUCAAUUAUUCAAUUAGAAACAUAUGCUCACGGAUAUGUUAUACAUUGUACUCGACAUCUUUGA